AUGGCGAGCCCGAGGAGGCGUGGGAAGCGGCGGGUGGGCGGGGCCGCGCGGAGAGCCCUUACUCGGCGCGGCCGGCCGCGCUUCAAACGCAGGAGCGCCGCACGGAGGGGUUUUUCCCCCCCUUUCGCGAGCGAAGAAGGGAGGACCCCCGGGAUCCGCGCCAGAUCCUGCGCUUUCCCCAUGGCCGCCUUGCAGCGCCCCUGCCAGCUGCUUCUGCUGGCCCUCUUGCGAGUGAUGCCUUCGGUUGCCAAUGUCCACUGUCACGGGCACAGCCUCCAAGAGUGUGCACAGCAGACUGGGAGCUGGACCAGUUUGUGGUAUGUCUGGCUUAUCAUGCUCACCGUGUUUUUGCUGCUGAUGUGUGGCAUCGGCGCCAGCUGCGUGAAGUUCUGUUGCCGCAGGAAGCGGCCCCCGGUGCAGACGUUCCCCCCGCAAGCCCACGACCUCACUGCCAUCCCCAUGGACCACGACAGCACCGCUCACAGCACUGUCACAUCCUACAGCUCCAUACAAUAUCCUCAGAGCAUCCCGCUUCCUCCGUCCUUCAGGGAGAUGGACAGAAGUCUCGUGAGUCCUCCAGCGUACAGUCUCUAUGCCAUAGAGCUGCCGCCAUCUUAUGAUGAGGCCAUCAAGAUGGCGAAGCCCUACCUUGAGACUCCGUCGGCUGGCCUGAAAUUAGAUAAGAUCGCUUCCCAGUCGGUAGCUCCGGAGGAGCAAAACCAGCCCCGAUCGGUCACUCCGGAGGAGCAAAACCAGCCCCGAUCGGUCGCUCCGGAGGAGCAAAACCAGCCCCGAUCGGUAGCUCCGGAAGGGCAAAACCAGCCCCAAAUGUUUCCUGAGACGUCAGACAGCAGCCUUGAGAUGGGGCGUCAGCUUCCAGAAGCUUCCACACAAGGACAACCACAACUUUAG